AUGCUCGUCGUUUUUGCAUUUUUGUUCCUUCUCCUCCGCACCGAGGUAACCUUUUGGAUUCUACCACGUCCACCGCGCUUUCCCUCGGCGCAGACAUUGUGCCCAACGUCGCCGCCAUAUCCGUCGAUCAUCUCGCCUUCACCUGGUCGGUUCAAUUGGAGGAAUAUUACGCAGCAUUAUCCGGUUGACAUAUUCGCGGAGCUGCCUGCUACUAGGUUUCCAAAGCUACCGCGGGUGCAAUUCGAUUUCGAGGAAGAUGAGACACCUCUCUACCAUGAGCUUAUGCGCAAGCGUCGUCAAGCUGCGGUCAAGACGACUUUCGAAAGAUCCUGGAAAGCUUAUAAAGACUAUGCCUGGAAGCAGGACGAGCUGUUACCAAUCUCAGGAGGAUUGAAGACAACUUUUGGUGGCUGGGGAGCUACCCUUGUGGACAGCCUCGACACCCUCUGGGUCAUGGGGCUAAGAGAUGGAUUCAACGAAGCCGUACAAGCAGUGACCGAGAUCGACUUCUCACCUGAGGAUGGCGAACUCAACAUGUUCGAGACGACAAUCCGGUAUCUGGGAGGAUUACUUGCAGCGUACGACCUGACGGACUGCAAAGAUGGCAGACUUCUUGAGAAGGUCAUGGAGCUGGGCGACAUGAUCUACAUGAGCUUCGAUACUCCCAACCGUAUGCCAAUCACGCGAUGGAGUGCAAAGAAGGCAGCAGCCGGUGAACCACAGUCAGCAGCAGCACAGGGAAUCAUUGCCGAACUCGCGUCGUUCAGUCUCGAGUUCACACGUCUAUCUCAGCUCACUGGAGAUAUGCGAUAUUACGACGCUGUGACCCGCAUUACUGCUGUCCUCGCUGAACAACAGAACAGCACCAAGAUUAGCGGUCUGUGGCCUGUGGGCGUCAACGUCCAAAAGCCUGAUUUGACCACCGAUAAUCUAUUUAGCUUGGGUACUAUGGCUGACUCGGCGUAUGAGUACUUGGGCAAGACGUAUCAACUCCUGCACAGUACAGGUGCAACUGCGUCGCAGUACGCAAACAUGUACAGUUCCGCCAUGGAUGCUGUCAUCACACAUCUCCUCUUCCGGCCAAAGACGCCGGACAACGCGGACAUCCUGAUGCCAGCGGCCGGGCGUGUAAAUGACCGGGGCACAGUCGACCUCGACCACACCGCCCAGCACCUCGCCUGUUUCGCCGGUGGCAUGCUUGCACUUGGCUCCAAGCUUCUUGGAAACACAUCACAUCUGGACUAUGGUCGUAAAGUAACCGAGGCAUGUAUUUGGAGCUACACCCACGCACCAAACGGCAUCAUGCCAGAGAUGUUCCGCAUGACGCCCUGCCCUACUCACGAGCCAUGUGACUACGACCAACAAACAAGCGAGAGGCAACAAUUCCCGGGCUUCGAACAAGUGACUGACGCGCGCUACAUGCUCAGACCCGAAGCGAUCGAGAGCAUGUUCUAUAUGUACCGCAUCACAGGCGAGCGGCGGUACCAGGAUAUUGCUUGGAGCAUGUUCGAGGCGAUUGAGAAGCGGACGAGGACAGGACUUGCGAAUGCUGCAAUAAAGGAUACGAGCGAGCUGGAGCUUGAAGAUAGUAUGGAGAGCUUUUGGAUGGCGGAGACUCUGAAAUACUUCUAUCUAAUCUUUAGCGAGCCGGAAUUGUUGAGUUUGGAUGAAUGGGUGUUCAACACUGAGGCGCAUCCUUUUAGGUUGAGAGCGCAGACAUGA